AGCAGGACCCUGGGAUCUGAUUUUGGAUUUCCUCUGCCAGUAACAUCAAGCCUGAUAAAACAAUGUCACCCAAGAAAGCAAAGAAGAGAGCGGAAGGAGCUAAUUCUAAUGUAUUCUCUAUGUUUGAACAAACUCAGAUCCAGGAAUUUAAAGAGGCAUUUACCAUCAUGGAUCAGAACCGAGAUGGAUUCAUUGACAAGGAAGAUCUCAGGGACACCUUUGCUGCCUUGGGUAGGUCUAUACUAGAAGGACGUUUGAAUGUAAAAAAUGAAGAACUGGAUGAAAUGCUUCAGGAAGCUCCAGGCCCAAUAAACUUUACAGUAUUUUUAACAAUGUUUGGAGAGAAAUUGAAAGGAGCUGAUCCAGAAGAAACCAUUUUAAAUGCCUUCAAAGUAUUUGACCCUGAUGGCAGCGGACUUCUAAAAUCAGAUUACAUUAGAGAAAUGCUCAUGACACAGGCUGAAAGAUUCACAAAUGAAGAGGUUGACCAGAUGUUCACAGCGUUCCCCCCUGAUGUUACUGGAAAUCUAAACUACAAAAACCUUGUGCAUAUCAUCACUCAUGGUGAAGAGAAGGAGGAAUAAGGUUGUAGCAUUGGUGUGGGCAUCUGCAUCCAACAACGCCUCUUGAGAGACUUCUCCCUCUGUCUAUUCCUUCUAUGUUAAUGGAAAUAUUGAUCACUAUUUAAUAUGCACCGCUGUAUAAAGUAUACAAAUAAACAUUAUUUCUAUA